AUGUCAACAUGAAAGAAACAGCUGCGUGUGACAGAAAUUGUCAAAAUUAACAAUUUCGUUUCUGUCAAUAACUCGAAUGAUAAACUAGAUUUUAAUUAAAAAUAAUUCAAUUUUCUGAGUAUAUCAACAUGUUCCUAACAAACAUUCUGUGCAAGAAGGCGAAGAGCAAGCUGAUUAUGGUUCUGAUGGAGAGUGUAGUAUCUGGUCACCAAACUACGAUGAUAAGGGAGCGUUUAGCCGAUAAAUUGGAGUUUAUACGCUUCGACCCUUACAUUCAACAAGAAAGUUUAUACAAGGAAAGGAAGAAGAUCAGGAGCAUAAAGUCAUCAUAAGAUAGGCAGAAAUAUGUAUAGGUAUGUAGGAAUAGGAUAUAAAUAAUAUACAACAUGUUUUAAAUGUUAUAAUUUAGUUAUUGUACUUUAAACAAUAAAUAAAUCUUUGGAUACAAUGUGUUUCACUAUACUAGAAAAUUAUGAAACUUCUCUGUCAUUAAGUACUGCAUGUUACAAUUUGCUACCAAUUUUAAUUGUACAGAGCAGAGUCUAAUAUAUGUUCAAUAUAAUGAGUUUAGAAUAUAUGCUUUACUUUCCAAGUUCUUACGGCUAAGUCCGAUACUGCAUGCAAUUGAAUAAAUUUCAAAAUUACAUGUAGUGCUUCUUCGUCCAAUGUGCCUUAUUCAGACAAAAAGUGCUAAUAGUGCUAAUUAAAAUGAAUUUACAACAUAAAACACCUUCAAUUUAUAAUUAAUAAACUUCCGUCGCUACUACGUACGACCAGACAAACAUUCUAACUCUAAUAAAAUUUUCAAAAGAGAAAUUUCAAUUUAUAUAAUAAUAAUAUAGGCCAAAUAUUGAUUAAUACAUA